AAAAAAUGUGUCGCUUUAUUCCGUAAAUCGAAAUAUUAAUCAUUAAUCAUUAAAUUAUUAGUUGACAACUAUUCAGAGGUUAGGACAACAGUCACAGCCGCGAAAUAUCGCAAUGCGAGCAUGCGCUGCGGUCAUAUUUUCAUGCAUGGUGGAAGUUACUAGUUAAUAAUACGCGUAUCAGCGCGUAUCCAGUCAGCCGUCUCAUAAGCCGAAAUUUACAACGGAACAGCGCGAUCAAUCAUAACUCUGCUUUCUUUUCUACGAUUGUGAUUAGUCUGUUUCGUUUCGCUGUAAAUUUUCGCUCAUGGGACGGCAGCCUCAAGUGUUCGAUGUAAACUAGGGAGUACGAUGCUGCAAACGCUUUGAAGCGUUUUUUAACUGGUAAAAUGUUGAGGAAAAAACCAAUUCGAACUUAUCAGAGAAAACCUACAAAGAAACCUUUUAUGAAUUCAUUGACAUCUGCUAUAUCAAGUGAAAAAUAUUUUGUGGAAAACAGUCGUUUUAAAAAUGAACUGUUUAAUGAUUCUUUAAAUUAUGAUCCAUUCGAAACGACAUUUGACAGACUUGCCAAAGAAGUAGUAGUACCUCCUAUGCCAUUGGAUACAAAUCAAAACGAUUCAUGGAAAAACAGUAGCAGUGAUGAUAAUAUUACCGAUGCAACAAGUCUAAAAUCUGAACAUAUAACUUCUGAUCUUUUUAUACACAAUAGUACACCUAGUUCAACAAAUGUUAGCCAUAAAUCGGCUCGUAAAUGCAGGAAACAAAAAAAAUCUGAAUCAGAAGUUAUUUCUAUAGAAAUGUUGUCUAAAAAAACAAAAAAAAUGUCAGUUAAAGAUAAAACAUACUUAGGAAAAGCACAGGGACAGAAGAGACAAGCAAACAAGAUAAAAAAAAAGAAAAAGCUAAAAAAUAAGUCUAAGCCUAGUCGCGUAUGCAUUGAACAAAUCUCUCAUAUAAAUCCUAAUGCUCUAGAUAAUUUGGAAGAUAUCUCAUAUAAAAACGAUAUUUUAUGCAGUGAUACCCAUGAAUCUUUGCUACAAAAUGUUUUAAAGAUUGACAAAAUAAUUAUAUCACAAAAUCAAUCAAUUACAAUUAAUGAAUCCAUUGCUGAUGUUAAGCAUAUAGGAAACUAUCAACAAACCAUCAAACCAUGUUUUGUUAAAUUAAAUGCUUUUACUGUGCAAAAUUACAUAUUGAAUCAUAAAAAGUUUCUAGAAAAUAAGCAAGAUAUAUUGAAUGAUACAAAAUUCUUGUUACAAGAUACUUUACAAACUAAGAAAAAUAUUUCUAAAGUACAAAAUACUGUUUCGCAAUCAAUCUCAAUUGAACAUAAUGAGUUGGCUGACUUUAAACAUAUGUCAGUUAAACAUUGUUCUGUAGCAUUGUACAAUAAUAUUGUUAAAGAUCAGCAUGUAUUAGGAAGUAAAAGAAACAUGAAAGAUACUAUCAAUAUAAAAGAUAUAUCAAACAUAUCACAUUUGGUUUUAUAUAACUCAUCUGAAAUUACUCCAAACUGCAACAAAAGUAUUGAACUUACAUCAUGUGAUACGAAGAAAGAAAGAGAUCUAAUAAAAAAUAGUUUUGUAAAAGUGGAAAGAUUAGAAAUAGGAGAGUUUGCAAAAGAAAAUAAUACAGUAUUUGAAAAAAAGCCUAACAUAUUUUCUAGCACUCCUUUUAGCAAACGAGUCAAACCUAGUUUAGUAGUAUUAUCUCCCAUUAAGUCUAAUAUUUAUAACAAAUCACAUUGGAGUCAAGAAGGUUCAUUAGUAACUACAGAAGAAGAUAUUUCCGACAUUGAUCAGAAAAUUUCUCAUUCUUUGUUUACGAUAUCGGAAGAUUCUAAACUCAAGUCCACAGAUGUACAGCAAACACAAAUUUUAUUGUCCCAGAAAUCACAAACUACAGAUUCUGUUGUUAAAAAUGGAGUAAUGUCUUACAAGAAUGAUGUUCAUGCAGCUGUUACUCAAAAAUAUAAUACAGAAUGUGAUGUUAAAACGGAAAUUCCGUAUUUAUUAAAUAUGUCUACUUAUCAAUCCCGAUCAUUAUUUGAUGAUACAACAUAUAGUCACAAUCAUUCGCCGAAAGAUACAAAUGAAGAUAAAAUAAAAAAGAAACGUUCUGAUAUGCAUAAAUUUAUAGAAACUGUAGACUCAUCCAUCGAUUUAUGUUUAAAACAAAAGCAAUUAUCAAGUAAUAAUAAAGCUGAUGCAAACUCAUUAUGUAUAUCACCUUCCAAAGUAUGUUCAACAUUCAAAGAUUUAGAUAAUAAUAUGCAAAAAAAUAAAUUUCAAGAAAAUCAUGAUAUAACAGAAAUAAAUAUAAUAGAAGCAAUUCAUGAGAGUCUUAAAGAUAAAACUGCUAACAUUAAUAAACACAGUUUAUUUGAUAAAAGCCAAGAUAAUAUUAACAUGGAUGCUCGUGUGCUGCUUACACGAUUACAUGAUCCGAUUAGAAUAGGAAGAAGAAUGCAAUAUCCUAAAUGGCAUUUAAGCAUGUCAAAUAUUUCCGAUAGUGUAAAUAAUGAAGCUGUACAAUCGAACAAUGAAGUUCACUAUAUAACAAUUGACAAAGACCUUUCUAAUGUUCAAUCAACACAUAAUUUUGAGCAUUCUAAGAAUGCAAAUUUGUCUCGCGAUCAUUUUGAAUCCUUCAUGACUCAACCAUAUAGUGAUACAAAUGAACAAAUGGAUCAAUCUGUUUUUUUAAAACCGGGCAAGUAUUGGGCUAGAUCUUUGUCAAUAUUAAAUAAUAUAAACGAUGAAUCUAAUUUAGACAAAUUAAGUAUUGGAAAGGGGAAAAAAUGGAGAUACAGUGUCAGAAAUAUACUGGAUAUGCAAAAACAAGGAAUUUUCCAAAGUUGUUUGAAAAAGGAUAAAGAUGAUACAAAUUUAUCUAGCGGUAAGCUUAACAUAUCAAACGCAUCAUCGUUUAACAGUAACAAAUGUAAAGAAUUUGAUUUAGCGAGUUAUCCUAGAUUUUCUAAAAGAAUCUCAGUAAGAGUUGUGCUUAAUAGUACAAAUACUAAGUGUGAAAUCAAAGACACACCAUUUCUUGAGGCAUUUGGAAUAACUGCAAAAAAAUCUUCAAACUCGAAAUUAUCAUACUGGGAAAAAUCAUUGAUACAUAACAAUCAAAUUAUCAGUAAUCAUUUCAGUAUUGCAAGAGAUGUUGUUUUACAGAGAUGUUCACAAAACUGUUAUAUUCCUUUUGAAGAUUGUUUUCCAGAUUUGUAUUUGGAACAUUGCUAUAAAAUAGGCGAAGGUGUUUAUGGAGAAGUUUUUCUUCAUGAAUGUGAGGGUAAAAAAUCUGUUAUAAAAAUUAUUCCUAUAGAAAAUGAACAGUUAGUCAAUGGUGAACCACAAAAGAAAUUUAAUGAAAUAUUGUCAGAAAUUGUGAUUGCAAAGGAAUUGGAUAAUCUAAAAUUAAAUGAUACCUAUAAAACUAAUGGAUUUGUAGAAGUUAAAAAUAUCAGCUGUAUUAUAGGAAAAUAUCCAGAAAAGCUCUUAGAACUUUGGAAUAUUUAUGACAAUCACAAAACGUCCGAUAAUGAUUGUCCAUCGAUGUUUGAUGAAAAUCAAUUGUACAUUGCUCUUGAACUGAGUCACGGUGGGGAAGAUCUUGAAGCCUUUGUAUUUCAAACUGCAGAGGAGGCUUGCGCUCUAUUUUUACAGACUGCAUUGGCCUUAGCAGUUGCAGAAAAAGCACUUGAAUUUGAACAUAGAGAUUUACAUUGGGGUAAUGUAUUAAUAUCAAGAACAAAAGAACAAUAUAUAUAUUAUAAUCUCGGAGGGAGAGAGAUCAAGUUUCCUAGUGAAGGUGUAAAGGUAUCUAUAAUAGAUUUUACGCUAUCGAGGAUGUUAUACCAAGGAUGUUGUAUAUAUAAUGAUCUUGCACUAGAUCCAGCUUUAUUUACUGCUCAUGGUGAAUAUCAAUUUGACAUUUAUCGUCUUAUGCGCGACAAAAUUCAGAAUGAUUGGCGAAAAUUUGAACCAUAUACGAAUGUUUUGUGGUUGCAUUACAUUUUGGAUAAAAUGAUUACUGCGGUAAGAUACAAAAAGAAAAACUUGAAAGUUCACAAGCACGCUAUUAUUAGAUUAAAAGAAUUUAAAGAUAUAAUUUUAAACUACAAUAGUGCAUACGACUUUGUAAUCAAUUCUAAUAGCGGCGUGUAACUAUGGCUGUGGUCAAAGGCUUGCUACAAACGCUUUGAAGUGUUUAAUGGACCAAUUAGAAAAAAGAAUUUUGCAAACUGACCAAUUAAAAAAUGCUUCAAAGCAUUUGUAGCAUCGCGUUGACUAUAUCUUAUGAUGCAAGCCUUUAUGAAAUGUCUCUAUAAUAAAUCAAAUUUUUUGAAA